ACUGCUCGUAGCCAGUGCAGUCCGAUGUGCCACUAUAGUGAUGGUCCACGGCGGUGACCUCCAACUGCAACCCGUUGGUGCACUGUAUACGAAACCCAUUGAGCACGUCCAACAGACGCGGAGUUUUGUACGUGUACGCUUCGAAGUGACUACCGUUGAUGGCGAAUUUAAACUCCUGCUCCGUGAAACCGAUGGCAAGCUUGAACUGCUGGUCGAUAAUAAAUGGGAAGCCUCCGGAACGUUCUUCUUGGCGGAAACUAGAUGGAUGGAAGAAGGUAGAAAAAGACACAAAAAGCUAAAAGUUAGUACAAGCGGAAUCGGAUUCAACUGGGGGGUUGCGAAAAUCACUUCGCCGUACUUACUCUAGCGCCUCGGUGGCGUGUGAAUUUCGAACAACAACAUAAUGAGGAUCGAAGCGGGGAUUGAAGUGCAAUGCCUGCUUUUUGCUUCCAUUUUCAUGGAACUUUAUGAUAAAUCCCCCGCGAGGGUUGCCAUACGGGACCGCCGUCAGUAUGGUAACAUGUCCUGGUGAGAGGUUUACGAGUUGUAGGCAACGUUACAAUCCGAUCCAAUCAAAGCAAUACUAAUUUUGUUUUUGAGUUUUACCUGGUAAAAAAGGCUUAGGAACGUCGUUGGAGAAAUAGGUCGUAUCGUCGGAUACCUGAAUUGCCGGAAAGGGAAACGGAAACGAUUGACGGUGGUCCACGGCCAACACUUGAUGUACGUCCUGUGUUAUCGUUACGACUUUGAUAUCGCUCAGUUUUCCCUUGAUUGCGAACGAACCAAUGUGUGUGUUGGCUAAUGCAAUAUGAUACUUCUCGUCGCCAACCAGCACAAAGAUGGAAAAUGUGUGGCCUAUACAAACCAGAAAUGGAAAUUUUCAUGCUCCAACAUCCACCAAAAAUGCAUGUCGCAGAUAGCUAGUUCGUGCUUACCGGCAUUCAACGACUGCAGUGCUGUGCGCGAUUCUUCAGUGUUCAGCUGUUCAGCAUCUUGCACCCAGCGGCCAGCAAGUUUUGCCUUCCAAACCAUGCGCUUCUCCUCGAAGCGUAACGAUAGUUGCAGCGGUAUGUCACCGUCAAUCGAUUUUUCCGCUUGAAAGUUGAUGUCCACCCUGAAAGGCGAAAUGCCUUCGUUUACCAAUCAAAACGAAAAAAGUAAGUACAAACCCUCUACCUUUCCGCAUCGUCGAGCGAUUUGACACAAAGAUGGAAAAUGUGGCCUACGGUGACCGGACUAGACAAUGUUCCGGCAAAGGUGGUCAACAUGAUGCUCUGCUGUGGCUACACGGUGUGACUCGCUCAGUGACUCGCUACGUACCGCAAGCAAGUAGGGUUUAUUUGUCUUAUCUUCCAAACUACCUAGCUACUUAUCUCUAACGAUAUCUAGGGCCCGCAAACCAACACUCGCAGAACGAGUCCGGAAGUGUUGAUGGUACAAGUUCGAUUUAAACCGUUGCGUUUUUUUUAAAUUUAUUUAGAGAUGGGCGUCGUUCGUACUUUCAUAUAUGUACAAGUAUAUAUCAACUAAAUUCAUUUGAAUAUUUGAAUAUUCUAAUAUAUUUAUUUUUGCCAUGUAUAGCCCAUGGCCAGGCUUGUACAUUACAUAUCUUCGGCACGAAUAUUAUUCUUAUGAAAUGAUAUUCAGCGAAGGUGGCCGAAGCGUGUAAAUGGUAUUCAAAUGCUCCGUGAUGUGAUAUGUCUGUCUGGCAAUCUAUAACCAUAUUGGUUCGCAACCCAUUUAACUCCCUGUACGUUAUGAUUUUGUAUUCACCAAUGAUCCCGUAAUGGUAAUGUAUCGGCAAACUAGGCGGAAUGGUUUUCGGGCAUCAGUUUUUUACAUUCCCUUCGUUGAACUCGAUCCCUUCGUCGAUGGACAGUACAAUGCGUGUGUACAAUGCCACGCUAUGGAUUCGCUUGGAGCUGAAGAAGAAAACAAAAACGAAGACAAAUAAGGGAAGCACCAGCUCUAACCCGGAGAGCCACUGGAACAUUCACGGUGGUAACAAGGUGCUGAUUCUAUGGGUGUUUCGUAUCAUCAAUAGCUCGAAGCCAACGGAAACGAUGAGCAAGGAGGAGGAGUUUUCCAAACACACCGAGAUGAUAGCCAAGCACACGAUUCCGUUGGAUUCGGGUCUUGGCUGGCAGCAGAUCGAUCUGACCGGUGCCGUACGUCAGUGGCACGGUGAGAAGCGCAAUAACAGCCUAAAACUGUUUGUCGACUGCUCCGGGUGCGGUAACAGGAUCCACUUAUACAUCUUCGAACACGCGGCACACCACCACGGGAGCCGAAAAAAGACAUUCUUGAUGAAAGACGGGACAGCUACCGAAGGAUCGGUUGCUACGCUUGUCGAUACGCUGAAGUAUCGCAAAAACCAGGAGCGGAAAGGAUCACCGUACGGCGAAGUCGCAGAUGACGACUACAAUCGGCCGCAUCUUUUCGUGAGCUUGGCCACGUCUCAGGUGCGCCGGUUACGCCGCCGGGCGCUGGACUGUACAGGAGCGCCCAACGAGCAGUGCUGCAAACAAAAGUUCUACGUCGACUUCAAAGCACUGAAGUGGGACGAUUGGAUUAUACGGCCGCACGGGUACUACGCGAACUACUGCAAGGGUAGCUGCCAUCUAGCUGACAAGUUUUCGUCCGAGUACCACUAUGUGAUUGAUCAGUACCGGCGCCAGAGCGGCAACGGGGCCAGCAGUUCGGGGCUAGGUAAAGGCCACCACAUGGGCAACAUUGCUGGCAGUGACGGUAUGGCUGGAAUCGGUGCACCAAUCGGUGGCAGUGGCGUCGGAAGUAGCGGAGGUGGGGGACGACGUAGCGACGGCGGAUUCGGCUUGGCGGGAAUCCAUCAGUGUUGUGCCCCGGUGAAGUACUCGCCGAUGUCCCUCAUAUUUUAUGGCCCCGACGGACGCAUCAUCAAGCAAGACCUGACCAAAAUGAUCGUCGAAGAAUGUGGAUGUCCCUAAAACGGAACUCAUGCUUAAACUAAACCUAACCUAUUCUAAGAACUCCCGCUGGGGACUUUAAACAAGAAUUUUGCUUACCGAAUAUGCAUUGCUGCAUUUGGAAAUAAACGCUUAAUCGACUUUCCC